AUGAAAAAUUCUGCCCAAGAUUCAAAAACAAGGAGAAAUUCUGCCCAAGAUUCAAAAACAAGGAGAAAGCGUGAUGAUUCCGCUGCUAUGGGAUACAACAAGGAGGCUGAGGAUGAAUAUUAUCUGAAAAAGAUCCAGGAAUUAGUAAACAAAAAGAUGGAGUUGUUAGCAGUGCAACAAGAAAAAGACUCCAAGACAUUGAAGCCUCCCACUGCGAAGAAAAAAAUGAACAGUAAGCCAAAGGUGAGCACUCGGAGGUUGAAGAAUUUCAUCACGACUGUGAUGAAUGGCAAAGAUAUGACACUCGUCAUCAACAAAAAACUGUAUGAAAGCGAUCUUUUGGAAAGUCAGAACAGGUUGAGUAUGCCGAUGAAACAACUGAAAACGGAUGAGUUCUUGACAGAAAACGAGAAACAAGAUCUGGAGAAUGGAAAGGAGUUUGAGGUGGGAUUAUUGGGGCCAACAUUGCGAUUGCAUCAGAAACCAAUGGUGAUGAAGAUGUGGCGAUUGAAAAGCACAGGCAGACGCAGUUAUGUGUUGAAGACGAACUGGAAUGAGUUUGUGAAAGAGAACGAGAAGGAAAUGAAGCGACAUUCAAAGAUUCAGAUGGCGACAAACAGGUUUAAAAUUUCCCGCGAUCUUGGAUCAGUAACUGUUCGUUUUUUCAUCUUUGAUUUCGAUUCUUCAUCUGGUGGUUUGAGUUCGAGCAAGUUUAAUGUUUUGGGUGAGAUCUGGAAACGAAAUCGUUUUCUCCAUCCUCGAUUUCGUCUUUCUCAAUGGGGCAGCAGCACUGCAACAGAUUUUGAAAUGGAAGUGAUGAUGCCUGCUGAUGUUUUCUAA